UUGAGGCAAGAGGCAGCACUCAGCCAACGUACAGUGCCGUUCUGCCGGGACAGACAAAUAAAACCAAGCAUCCUGCAGGUUUCAUUUCCAGUUCUCAUAUCCAGCGAAUUCUCAGCUUUGCUAUCGCCCACAGUGAUCCGCUGCUCCACCGCUACGACGCACGCCAUCACACGCGCGCGCGCGCCGUCGCAUCGCAGCCUGCACCUUGUGGCGGCCGUAGCUCGCUCUCGCUCUCGCUCUCGCGGCCGGUGAAAUGGCGGCGCACGACGCAAUCAUGUCUUCUUGCUAGCUAGCUAGCUAAGUUCGUCGGCGCGAUGAUGUACAAGCAUGUCGGAGACGACGCACGCGGGUCCUCCGCGGGCGUAGUGUGCUGCGUGGAUGUCGUCGACGACGACGUCGACGCGCUGCUGUGCGGCGAGGACGCCGGCGAGCUGGAGCGCGAGGGCGAGCCGGCGCAGGGGUCGUCGCCGUCGUCGUCAUUGUCGUGCGCCGCCGCGGCCGCCGCAGCCGCUGACGACGACGACGAAGACGAAGACGAACACGGCGUCCAUGGCGAGGUGGUGCAGGUGACUCCAGGCGGGGAGGAGCACUGCUACGACUACGACUACGACGUCGACGUGCCCGUCGGUGCCGAGCUCGUCAUGCCUGCUUGCUCGCCGCCGAGGACAGCCGUCCACCGGCCCGGCUGGUCGGAGUCCGUCUCCUGGAUCCUCAAGGUCCGGUCAGUCCACGGCUUCCAGCCGGCGACGGCGUACCUCGCCGUGAGCUACAUGGAUAGGUUCAUGUCGUCUCGCAGCUUGCCGGAUCAUGGUUGGGCAUCCCAAUUGCUAUGUGUGGCUUGCUUGUCUCUGGCUGCCAAGAUGGAGGAGUCCUCUGCCCCACCCCUCCUUGACCUUCAGAUUGAAGGAACAAGAUUCAUUUUUGAACCUCGGACGAUCCAGAGGAUGGAGCUCAUCGUCCUCGUGGAGUUGGAUUGGAGGCUCCGGUCAGUGACGCCUUUCGCCUUUGUUGAUUUCUUCGCUUGUAAGGUUGGCUCCUCUGGAAGAAGCUCAAGGAUCUUGGCAUUGCGUGCUUGCCAAAUAAUUCUCAGUGCAAUUCAUGAGCUCGAGUUCCUGAACCACUGCGCCUCAUCAAUGGCGGCAGCGGCGGUGCUAUUCGCAGUAAAUGAGUCGCCUGCAGCCAUGUCGCACAGGAGCAGCGUCAGCUCUGAAUCAGCUGCCUCGUGGUGCAUUGGCCUGACUGAGGAGAGGAUCAGCAGUUGCUAUCAGCUGCUGCAGCGAGCUCUGAAUGCUACUGCGAGGAAGAGGAAGCGACAUCCGAUGAUACUUGCAGCUUGUUCAUCAGUAACAAGUUCAUCUUCCCGGAGCAAAAGGCGCAAACUUGAUGGCCAUUUUGGAGAAGAUUGAAUCUUUCUUUUCUUUUCUUUUCUUUUCUUUUAUUUGAGUCUGAAUUAUAUUACAUUCCUCGGCGAUUUCUGUUCCUGGAUGAGCUAUUUAUUUGUUUAUUUUUGCA